GGCUAUUGACUGAUUUUUAUUUGGCGGCUGGCUUGACAGUAGUCUUUUACCAGAGUAGAUUUGUUAAAGUUUUUUUGGGGGGAAAUACGAUUUGAAUUAAUAUGAUUUGUGUGUGCGUUUGUGUUUGUCUCCUUUUCCUGGUCCUCUGACACGGAGGGAGUUGGAGACCCAGCGCUGACGAAAAGGGAAGUCUCUUCCGUAAACAAAGAAGAUACGAAGAAUGGCGCCAAAACUAGAUGUGUCUGGAGUUGGUGCAGAUGGAGAGUCAGUGUCAGUGAUGGAGGGAGAUUUGGCAACUCUAAUCACUGAUGUUAAAACAACCCAACAAGAAGAUAUAAAAUGGUAUUUUGAUGACACUCGCAUCGCUCAAAUCACUGGAGAUCUCAGUUUUAUCUGUACAGAUGUUGGGUGUAAUGAAGAUACUGAGAGAUUCAGAGACAGACUGAAGCUGGAUCAUCAGACUGGAUCUCUGACCAUCACAGACGUCAACACAACUGACUCUGGACUUUAUGAAUUAAAGAUCAUCAGCAUCAGAAGAAGCAGUGAAAAGAGUUUCAGUGUUACUGUUUAUGAUGUUCCUGCUGCUGAACGAGAUGAGAUGAAGAGAAAGUCAGUGAAGGAGGGAGAAUCUGUCACUUUAAACACUCGUGUAAUGAAAAAUAUGAAUGAUUCAAUGAGGUGGUAUUUUAAUGACAUCUGCAUCGCUGAAAUGACCGGAGAUCAGAGUGAUAUCUGUACAGAUGUUGAGUGUAAUGAAGGUACUGAGAGAUUCAGAGACAGACUGAAGCUGGAUCAUCAGACUGGAUCUCUGACCAUCAUGAACAUCACAAACACAGACUCUGGAGAAUAUAAACUACAGAUCAGGAGCAACAGAAUCAGCAUCAUUAGGAGCUUCGUUGUUACCAUCACUGGUGAUUAUCAUUUAAUUUAGGCCCCUUGAGGCCCCAGUUUUAAAAUAGUUACAUUUUAUUUAUUUAUUUAUGUUUUUGGAAAAGUGAGCUUUCACUCUGUAUCAAAUGGAGUGGAACAUUUCUGGAAACUUUUCCAAAAUGUCUGAAAGUUUCCAAAUUUCUAGAAUGUUUCUGAAACUUACCGGACACCUUCCACCAGUUUUUAGCCCUAGUAUUAAA